AUGGGUUGUAAGCAAUGUAAAAUUUUCUUAACAAAACAUGAAAAUUAUAAAAGUAAUUCAACUAUUAUUGAACAAAAUUCUAUUUCAAUUUCAAAUAAUGAACCAAGAAUUAUAUUAUCAAAUCAAAUUACUAGUUCAAAUAAUCAUAAAAUACAUAGACACAUAAAAUUUACAACAAUAGAUUCUUCAUUAUUACCAACAUUAGAUAAUUUACCUGCUGAAUUAAUCUAUUAUAUAUUAGAUCAAUUGAAUACUUAUACAAUUUUUACAUCUCUUUAUAAUGUUUGUAAUCGUCUUAAUUCAAUUAUUCAUACAUAUGAUCGAUAUGAUCUAAAUUUAAACUCUAUUUCAAUGUCUUAUUUUCAUCAUAUUUGUUCAUUAAUACAUCCUGAACAAAUUAGAUCUUUAACAUUAUCUGAUGGAAAUGAUAAUGUUGGUUUAGUUAAAUUUUUUCUAAAAAAUUUUCAUAUUGAAUCAUUUAAACGUCUUCAUUCAUUAACACUUGUAAAUAUUGAUGAUAAUGAACAAAUGAUAAAAAUUUUUCUUUCAAUUACAGAUCAACUUAAAAUACUUUCAAUUAAAAAUUCAAAUGAAUAUUAUAAUGAUACUGUUAUUGAUAUUCUAAUGACAAGUAUUGGAAAAAAAUUUUUACAUAAAAUUUAUUUAGAUAUUGAUAAAAAUCGUUUUUUAAAUUCAUCAAUUAUUUGGCCAGAUGAAUGUUUUUUAAAAGAAAUUAAAUUAAUUGGUCUUUGUAAUAUAACAUUAUUUCGAAAUAUUCUUCUAUAUUCACCAAAUUUAAAAAAAUUUCAAGCUUAUGAUAUUGAUCUUGAUGAUGAAUGGAUUGAUGAUGAUGAUGAUGAAAAUGAAAAUGAAAAUGAUAAAAUAGAACGACAUCAACUACAUCCAAUAUUGAAUGCUUCAAAUAUAAUUUCACUAUCAUUAAUAUAUGCAAGAAAUGAAAUGAAAAAAAUUGAAUGGUUAUUACCACAAUUUACUCAAUUAAAAUAUUUAAAAUAUUUAAAUAUAUAUGAUUUUCAUAUUGAAUCAAUGUAUGAAAGUGAUUAUUCAUUAUUAGAUGGUAAACGUUGGGAAAAAAUUAUAUAUAAUUGUAAUCAAUUUGAAUUUAUAUUUACUAUUCAUAUUGAUGAUGAAACUUGGAAUUUUCAUCAUUAUUUAAUAACAUUUCAAACAAAAUUUUGGAAAAAUAAUAAUUGGAAUAUUGUAUUUGAACAAUAUGAUAAAAUUUUAUUAAUUUAUUCAUUACCAUAUGCACAUGAUACUCAUUAUUAUGAUCGUUCAAGAAUAGUUUUUUCAAUACCAUAUAAUCCAUUUUUAUUAAAUAAAUCCUUGGAAAAUGUUACAAAAUUACGAAUUAAUAUGACAGCAGUGAAUAAUUUAGGACAACAAAUUAAUAAAGUAUCAUAUAUGUUACUAAGUUUUGAUCUGAUGAAAUCUCAUUGA